AUGAGGCAGGUCGAUCCAAAUGUGCCACUUUAGAAAUGUGAAGUUUGGGAAGCAGAAAGUCAGAAGGAAAGAGAGUGCAAGCAGAUAGAAAUACCUAAAUUCACGACUGUGGAAGGCUUACCUCAACUAACCCUUAAAAUUCCUCCUACUUAUAUUCAUACAAAUAUUACAUAUCCAGACGAAAACGAAUAUUCUUGUGACGAAGAAGAUUAAGCAGCUGGAGUAGAUCCACUCACCAUCCAAUAACUAGACAUCAGGAAUAACCUAUCUAACACUCGGAACUAUGUUUGCCAAUAUGAAUUGCUGAAUUCCAUUAAUUACCCUCCAGAAUAUUAUAAUGCUAAGGUUGAUCGUCUUCAACGGCCUCUGUUACGAGUGUUCAUGAGGGCUCAGGAGAAUGAUUACAGAAUGAAUAUGGCAUUUCGUCCUCGUAGAUCCUACAAACAAAAAAGGUUAAAACGACUCAAUAUCUAACUUCCUGAAUUUGACGUUGGUAGACAGAUCAUCUACAAUGAGAAUCUGAUUGCUCUCCAGCUUAUUUCUUAAAUUAAGUAGCGUGAACUAUUAAAAUUAAAACUAAUUAAAUAAGAUGAGCAAGAAUUUACAAAUACGUUUAACAAUUGCUAAGAAAUAUUCAACACACUCAAAGACCUAAGACUAGCCCUCAAAGAAGAAGAACCUUAAGAAAAUAAGGAUCAUAGAUCUAAGAUUUUUGAUUCAUGUCAGGAUCCAGAGUGUGCCUAUUAAUUCACUCCUCCCUUAAUCUCCUAAACACUGAUUGAAUUUAUGGACGAUCAAUAUUCAACAAUCAAGGACAAGCAAGUGCUCUGGCCCAAACAACCAACUGUACUUUCAGAUUGGAAUCUCGACAACUAUUCUAAAAUUGGAGUCUAUUAAUCUAAUCAAUAGUUAGUUUAUUCUACUUUUAACAGAACUCUCCUCAUUUAAGAUAGAACCAAAAAAAAUAAAAAGAAAGUCAAAUUGAUGUUGGUCGAUAGAAACAGAGCUUCAGUUUUUGAUGGAGUCAGAGCUGAUUAUGAACAUUUUUACUCUCAUUAUCAGAGACAAUUGAACAACAUUGAAGCCUCAAUGGAGUAACAGAGGAAGGAAAUCCAGAAGAUGAGGUAGGAGUAAGCAAAAAAGGAGGUGAUGUUGAAAAUGCUAUAGAAGAAGGAGGAGUAGAGGAGAUUACUGAAAAUUAGAUUGAAGGUGAAUUAUGUGGAGGAACCAAAAAUAGUAAAGACUGUAAAAAUUAAACAUUCUGAUGAUUUGAAGUUUUUAUUGGUGAAACAUGAUUCAAGUUCUUUUGAGUAGAAAUAGGAGAAUUGUUAGAUCAUUUUACAAUGA